AUGGGGAGCAUCAAUAAUGGAAACGGGAGCGCGAUGAAAGAUGUGGAGAGGGGAAGUUUCAAUGGCGAUGGAGCCAGCCACGAGGAGAAGCUGCGAAAUGCCUUGACCAACACCAUGACGCUUUCUCCGGAGCUCUUCGAGAAGAUCUACCUCUCUCCCAAGGGAAAUACCAAGGGCGACUUGAGGAAGACAUUCGCCAAUCCGACCCCAAUCGCCAUUACUGGUUUCGUGGUUGGACUUCUUCCUCUAUCCUGCGAAUUCAUGGGCUGGCGCGGUUCUGGAGGCACUUUCGCAACCCAAACUACAACCGCCAGUGUCUUCUUCGGCGGCGUCCUCUUGACCUUUGGCGGCAUUGGUGAAUUCUUCUUGGGCAACAGUUUUCCCUGUCUCGUCUUCUUCGCUUAUGGCGCCCAUUUCUUCACUUACGCUUGUGCAUUCAUCCCAUGGUUUGGUUCCGUCGCCUGGAAUGCGGCAUCUACCCCUGGAAACGAUUAUUCUCCUGGACCGACGUUUGCAGCUGGAUUUGGGUUCUACCCACUCGCACUCGCCAUGCUUUCAUUUAUCUUCCUGAUUUGCUCCUUGAGGACCAAUCUUGUCUUCGUCAUGAUCUUUGUCUGCGCGACCAUGGGCUUCGGUUUCGCAGCCGGGUCGUUGUGGGCGACAGCUCAAGGAUCGGCUGCCUAUGGAAACACCUUGUUGAUCGGAUGUGGAGCUUGCUUCUUCGCGGCAGACAUGCUAGGAUGGUACCUCCUGCUCGCCAUCAUGAUCGCCGUGAUGGAGCUUCCCGUCGGACUUGGCGACUUGUUCACUUGA